GUACGUCACUAUUAUUAAAUAACAAGCUGGAGUGGAGAGUACUUGUUGUGGUCUGUUAUGUGUUGAGUAUUUAUUUGUGAACAUUUAAGCAUUGAAUUAUAUUUUUAAAAUAUGAUAGCCUUCUGUGUGCAAAGGAAAAAAUGAUAACAUUCGGCGCUGCGAAUACUUCCACGGUUCAAGAAGAAUCAGGUGACGUGAGAAGCAUUUGCGAGAGCAUUUGUAGCGAUGGAUCAAACGCCACAGUUCAACCAGGGGUUAAUCAAAGACCCCGUAUGGACAUCGCAUGUGUUUUGGACGUGACCCAAACAUUGAACAUAGCUCACAGAAAAAGAGCACUGGAAGAAGUUCGCUUGGCUUCCGAACUCGUCAAUGCAAACGUACACCACAUUCCUUUUGAGAAACUAGACUUCGGAGAGACAAGUGUGUUAGACACUUUUUAUAAUGCUGAUGUGGCUCUGGUGGAUCUUAGUGUACAAUUACAACAGAGCUCGCUGUUAUAUCACCUUGGAGUAAGAGAAAGUUUUGAUAUGAAAGAAAAUGUCCUCCUGUAUAAUGAUGUUGAUUCUGAUGCUACAUUGCGUCUAAAAAUAUCUCUACCAAACUUCCUGUUCGUAUCAUACAAACUCACCGAUGCGGGGACAUGCGUCACGACAAAUCCAGCUGCAGCGAAAUUCAAAGGCGAAGAAGCGCCUGAUCCUAAACAACACCUUACGCUAAGGCUCAAGAAUAUUCUUCAAGAUGUUGAAGUUCAAACCAAGGCACAUUUACAAGAGAAGUUCCUAUCCGAUUUACGGAAGGCUCGCGAAACCUACAGCGGUACGGAAUUGGCGAACGUUCUGCACGCAAUGCGGCGGAGACUCGACGAUCCCGCUGUUUUAUCCGGAGAUACAAUACUCAAUCUGCUUAUAUCGUAUAGAGAAAUACAGGAUUAUGACGCCAUAGUCCAAAUCGUUGAUGAUCUGAAAACUAUUAUGAACCGAAAGAAUUAUGUCAAUAUGCCUAUCAUAAGGUUUAUGUACGCUUUUGCUAUGAAUAGGAGAAAUAAAGAAGGUGACCGAGAGAACGCCUUAAAAGUAUGCGUGAAGGCCCUCGAAAAGAAAGAAAAUCGAUUUCCAGAUAUGUUGUGCCUCUGUGGCCGCAUUUACAAGGAUCAGUUUGUAGAAUCUCAACACAGUGACUUGGAAAGUUUGACAAACGCAAUUCACUGGUAUAGACAAGGUUUCGAAGUUCAACCAAAUGAAUACGCGGGUAUUAAUUUGGCGACGUUACUAGUAAUAGCUGGGAAUGAUUUCAAGAAUUCUCAAGAAUUACAGCAUAUUGGAAUGGUGCUCAAUCACUUGAUCGGCAAAAAGGGUAGCCUGUCUUCCCUGAAAGAUUAUUGGGAUGUAGCAACAUUUUUUGAAAUAUCAGUGCUCGCUCAAGAUUACGUGAAAGCAAUUCAAGCGGCCGAAUGUAUGUUUAAGUUGAAACCACCUAAUUGGUACCUGAAGUCUACUAUAGGAAAUAUAGAACUAAUUGACAGAUUUCGAAAGAAGAGCGAAGAAACUUCGCCGGAACAGCAAGUGUUCUCUUUCUGGAUGGAAUUUUUUGUCGAGGCAACUAAAAGCACCUGUGAAAAUAUUAUACGUUUUCCUGUGGUCAUCUUAGAAACUACAAAAAUUUACAUGCCGUCGUAUGUUAAUGUGAAUAUGGGGGCUGAACAAAAAUCUGUCGAGAUAUUUAAUCUAUGCCUGGAUUCGAUGCGAGGUGACUGCAGACAAGUGCAUCGGUGGCUGUUCACAUCUGACAUGAUAAGAUCAUAUAGCUUAUACAAACGAGACGAGAGGUGUCUAUUCUUGUACGUCAGCGAGAACUCGGAUGAUUUUCAAAUAUUCCUGCCUUCACAAGCUUUUCGUCAACACCUUCACGACCUCCUCGGAGAACUAACUGCCGAUCACGAGAAAGUCGCUGAUUUAGAUACAAGUGUGAUGCAAGAUCAGUUAAAGUUUGAAUAUGAAUUGGAUGACUGUAAUAAACGAGUGGUGCUCGGUAAAGGAACGUACGGAGUCGUGUAUGCAGCUAGAGAUCUUAACACACAAGUCCGAAUUGCAGUCAAAGAGAUACCUGAGAAAAAUUUAGGAGAUGUCCAGCCGCUGCAUGAAGAGAUAUUAUUACAUUCACAGCUACGGCACAGAAAUAUUGUACAGUACCUCGGGUCAAUCUCAGAAAACAACUACUUCAAGAUAUUCAUGGAGCAAGUCCCGGGAGGGUCGCUAUCCGCACUACUCAGGUCCAAGUGGGGACCUCUUAAAGAAAAUGAAGCUACAAUCGCUUACUACACAAAACAAAUAUUGGAAGGUUUAAAAUAUCUACACGAUCAGAAAAUCGUACAUCGUGAUAUAAAAGGCGACAAUGUGCUAGUGAACACAUAUAGUGGAGUCGUAAAAAUAUCUGACUUCGGUACAUCCAAGCGACUCGCGGGUCUGUGUCCUUCGACUGAAACUUUCGCAGGCACUCUGCAGUACAUGGCUCCCGAGGUCAUAGACAAGGGGCAGAGAGGCUACGGCGCUCCGGCUGAUAUUUGGUCUCUUGGAUGCACGGUCGUAGAAAUGGCAACAGGGAAUCCACCUUUCAUGGAAUUGGGGUCGCCCCAAGCAGCUCUAUUUAAGGUGGGAUAUUAUAAAAUGCAUCCAGAAAUACCAAGCGAGUUAUCGCAGAAAGCAAAGAAUUUUAUAUUACGCUGCUUCAUACCUGAUCCUGAAAAACGAGCCACGGCUGCUGAAUUACUUGAAGAUCCGUUCUUAUGCGAAAAGAAAAAGUCCAGUAGCCGUUUAGGAAAUAGUAUAGACUACAGCCGCAGUAUCUCAGUGCCUGCUGAUAAAGUUCGGCCAACGGUCGCCCAAAAGAAGAUCUCUGAACCUAGUCUCCCUGGAAACCUGCCCAGCUCGCCAGAAAUUGAGGUUAAAACGGUCCGGUCUAAUCCAACAAUCACUAGGACUGCCUCGUCGAUGCUAUCGCCGAUACUGAUAUAUCCGCCGGACUUGUUGAACAGCAGCACAAUGCCAAAUACGCCGUCGACUGAUGAAAUGGAUAAUAAUGAUACAAUAUUGAAUAGAAGAAGUUCCUCGGGAGGUCUGCUUUCACCGGAGGUCGAUAUGACAAACGUUCCUCGGUCGUCUAUAGAUAUAGAACACGAUGGAUUUUACUUGCUGAAGAAAGAUUCACAACGCCGUCUCACACUUUCGCGAGUGUUAGAGCAAGACAGUGAGAAGAUCUGCUCUAAAUGGAUGCUAAGUAUACAGCAGGACUUCGGCAAUACGGUUUUAACAUUGAAUCACUUGGAAACAUUGCGUUGCGCGCUCAAAGAUUACAUCAUGGAUCAAAACAGAAGUGUCAUAGAACGUGCAAUAAUAGCGCUGAAGGAAGAGCUGGACUUCGACGCGAACGCGAUAAAUGAAUUGCAUUCAGCCAUAUACAUGUUCCAAGAGGCAGUGAAUGUCGUGCUGAGGAUGCAUAGCAUCAAGCCGCACUGGAUGUUCGCGCUAGAUAACUUAGUGCGGAACGCUGUACAAGCUGCGAUAACAGUUUUGUCACCCGAGCUGGGCGCCAACCUGGCGGGGCAGGAGGCGGAGCGCCGCGCGGCCGACGCGUCCCCGUCCGCGCUGUCCACCGCCACCUCCACGCGCGACCCGCUCGCCCUCUCGCUGCACCAGCUGCGGCAGGACAACCACAAACUUCAACAGGAACUCAUUGAUAGCUACCAGCAGUACCAGGGAUUGCUCCGUUUGAUGUUGGAAGAACAGAAAUCACAAACUCAAAUUUUAAGAGAAAUUGUCGAUAAAAAGCCAAGCAGGAACGAAGCGGCCCCCCCGGACCCGGAGGACUGCGACCCAGAGGCGCUGCAGGAGUUCCGCGAGUGGGCGUCGGCGCGCGACGUGCCGCCGGCCGCCGCCGCGUCGCUGGCCGCGCGCCACUUCCGCCUCGCCGACGUGCUCGCGCACGCGCAGCGCGACGACAUCGCGCGCCUCAACCUGCUGGGUGGUGAAGAACUUCGUCUUUGGCGGGCGAUAGUCGAACAUCGCCUUCAAGCUAACAGUUCGAAUCGUUUACGACGAACAAGUAGCACUGAAACCGAUAUGGACACAAAUUCAAUCGUGGUAGUCGAAUGUCAAAAAUGCAAGACCUCUCGAACAAUUUCAAACAAUUCAUCGUGUUCAAACAACCCUACAAUCGUUAUACGAGACCAGCAGGUGAACGGAGACGACAGUGUAGCCGAGUAUUACACUGAGAACGGGGUUGUCAACCUUUGACUAUUGCGUGGGUGGUGCACUCUACAGUGACCUCAAGGUUGCUAACCACUGGAAACGACGUGGCUUUAAGUUAGGCGGUUAUUCCACUGACUAACCGGAUCUUCCCUUUAAUGUCUUCUAAUGAGAUUAACUUAAAAAUAAAUAUGAUAUUUUAUGCUAUUAUACUAU